AGGGUCUAGUCUGCCGGAAAACCACACAAAGAAGACUGUAAACGGAAGUGAACACAAGAACAAUUUUCAUGUUUGCGUUUUUGUUGUUAUUUAGAUGUUUAUUAACACCCUGGAAUUCAAAAUAUUAAUAAUUUACCUGCAUAGCAUCACAUACUUACGACAUGUAGUCUUUAAUUCGCGUUGGAGACAGGACUUACUUGAUAAGUGUUAUCUAGGUAACGCUAGCUAGCUGCUAACGUUAGCUUGCAAUGGCUAACUGUAUGGUUUUUCACACUCAAAUAGCCUCCAUUAUGGAGGUGCUAGCGAAUGCAGCCGUGUCAGAGAUCUGUAAACUCGUAGACGACGACUAUGCAGUGUUUCGUUUGGAAAUAACUCAAAGCCAGAAAGAAAACAGGGCAUUGCGGAGGAGACUACAGCUACUAGAACUGAAGGUGGCACGGGAGCGCGUCCUCGCCAUUCGACCCAGUAGUGUCAAAAUGCUCGACAAAUACAGAGGAAUGGCAAGAGGUGAAGGACAUCUCACUGGAGGCCACAGGAGCUUUGUGAAGCCCGUGGUACACAAUACAUGGAGAGAUGACCAACCAAUCACUGUUGACGAGGGGAGUGAAACCUCGACCCAGCAUGUUAUUGUGAUAGAGUCUGCAGAUGCAGAGGCUGCAGGUCCUGGGGUUAAGCUGGAGAGGUCUGAAGGAGAAGAGGACCCACGGCACAGCAAAGACAUCCAGACUGGUGCGGCUACAGAGCCCCCUGUAGCCACAGAGGACCCCACCACCACCUCAGUGCGGCCCAGGACCCGACGAAGCAUCACGGAGGAGGAGGAGGGUCUGGGGAACUCUGAGGAGACCAUGGUCAUGGAGGACAACCAGACUACACCUCCUCUUGAACCCACAGAGAACCCAGCUGAGCAACACAGAACCACACACAGUAUCACUGAGUCAGUAGACAUGGAGGAUGGGAAGCCUGAUCUGCUGCUGGUCAAAGAGGAGACAAUAGAAGACGGACCAGAGAGCAUUGAUCUGCUGAGUGGACUAAAGAUGGGGGAGCAAGGUGGUUGGCUGGAGGCUAACAGAGAUUGGGCGGCCAUCUUGGAUUCCCAGACCCAGACCGGUGCAGCCAAGGGCCCAGGGGACAACAUCACUAAGCAGGCCAGGACCAGAGGCGACAUAGUGGAGUCUGCAGUCCAUGAUGACCUGCUGAUAUCCGGUGUUGCUGGUGGAAGAGACUGGACCUCUGAGGCGGCUGGUCACAAACCCUGGCCCUGGAUCAGAACCCUGGAUCAGGAGCCAUCGCGCUUCCUUCCCGAUUCGGAACUAGGACCGAAACACGAGGGACAAAGACUCCACCACCACAUAGAACACAACCAGUGGACAGGUGGAUUGAACCACCUCAGUCCUGGUGGUCAUCAGAGAGAUGGAGGCUCCAGUCAGGGAUCCAGUCUGCAGCCCAGACCAUUCUCUUCACAGUCUCAGUGCAGGGAUGAAGCAGGGCCUGGGGCUGAUGGAGAUAAACCCUCCUGUUCCUAUGAUACAACCACCACAGUAUCCAUUAUGAACAGAGCAGAUCACCCUGGGCUUCAGCCUUCAGAGAGAGUGGUGGGAGACCCAUCUGAUGGUAGUCUAUCAGCAAGUCUGUAUUUUCCUUCAGGGUCUCAUCUAAUGCCUGGUGAAUGGGUUCAUAGAAUGUCUGGGCCUGGGUCUAGCCUUCCUCAGUUACCUCAGGUUUACCCCACCAAUACAGACACGGUCAGGAUGGGCAUUCACCACAGGAGGUACCAAGCCUAUAACACAGCACACAAUCCCAACACCCAAACAAUGGCUAGAGGUCAAGGAGGGAGCUCAAACACUAACCACCUGGUGGUGGCACCUGCUUCUACCUCCUCUGGUGUUAUUGGCUCACAACGUGGGAGGCCAAGCGUUAGGUCGGAUGCAGACAAGCCGCACGCAUGCCCCACGUGUGGGAAGCGUUUCACUGAGGCAAACUAUGUGAAGAGGCACCAGACCGUUCACACCAAGGAGAGGCCCUUCAAGUGCAAACUGUGUUACAAGAGCUUUGCCUUCCUGAGUAACCUUAUCAGACAUAGGAGUGUCCACAAUGGGAAGAAAUCGUAGCACUGUGGCUUGAGAUGUACAAAAGGGGAUAUCUGGGAACCAUUUUUUAGCUGACAUAAUAUAAUUAUCAUGUGAAGUGUCUUGGGACAAGAGGUUAAUUAAUCACAUACCCCUCAACCCUUUGUUAACUGUAAAUACCUGUUUUUAGAGAGACAGUAAACCUAGGCUAGAACAAGGACAGUUGAAUAUUUACCUUACUGAGGUGAUGUAGAUGGGAUAAAGUCGUUCUAUUAUUUUCUACUGUAUUCUUGCUAACACACUGUUCUUUCUAAACAAGUCUGUUCUCAGCUUGAAAUAUACUGAUCAUAGGAGAUUUGAUGUGAGAUGUAAUAAGCAUUACUGCAUUUCAAAGAA